UGGAAACUCAAUACAUUCCUGUCCGUGCAUUGCCAGCAUCUUUCGCCUCUCUCCUCGCACCCCACCUCUCUCCCAUGCCACCUUACCACACACCAAUGGUUUCUCUCUUUCGAAUAUUUCCUCUCAUAUUCCCAUUUUCUUUCUCUCCCCAACAUUGAUGCUUUCUCUACGAAUUUCUUGAAUCUCUGUUAUCACGUUCCAAGAAUCAACACAAAAUCUAAUCAGAAAUUCAAAAUAAUGGAUGAACGUUUAGAAGACGAUGAUGGGACGGUGCUAGCGGGGUUAUCCAACGUGCCUCCACGCCGGCAGGUUCACUCUUACAGCCACCAGUUGAGAACCAGCACCGGCACCCACCACAAGCGGCGGCAGCACCAGCUUCGCAAGCACAGCCUUGAUGAAAACCACAUCUUGAACAAACACGCAAAUAAUAAAAACAGUGAAUUUUAUUGCGAUGGGACCAACGAUUCUUCUGAUGAUGAUGGAUUUUAUCCAUAUUUUACCACUAGUGCUAGUAUUGCAAGUAGUGGUGGUGGUAUGGGGUCCGUCAGCGAUCACCGCGUAGAUUACAGGAUUGAUGGGAUGCCAAUUGGAGAUGGAGGGGAUGAGUACCAGCAGCAGUUUCAGCAAUCAAUGCCGGAGUUUAUGGGGAGUGGUGGAGGGGUGGGGGUAUUUAAGGCGCCUAAAAGGGCAGCUGUACAUCCCAGCCGGCCACCUUUUCUCGAGCUUAGGCCUCACCCUCUAAGAGAAACACAAGUAGGAAAAUUUUUGAGGACUAUUGUCAGUACAAAAACACAAUUAUGGGCAGGGCAAGAAUCAGGGGUAAGAGUAUGGAACUUUACAGAUGCAUAUGAGCCAGGAAUCGGGGUAGGAGGAAGGGCACGGAGAGGGGAUGAGGAUGCUGCUCCAUUUUAUGAAUCAGCGAGCACAUCUUCCGCAAUAUGUUUGAUGGUUGACCCUGGAAGUAAGUUGGUUUGGAGUGGGCAUAAGGAUGGUAAGAUUAGGUCUUGGAGGAUGGACGAGCCUUCUAACAAGGAUUCCACUUUGAAGGAAGGCCUCUUUUGGCAGGCUCAUCGAGGUCCAGUUCUUACCAUGACAAUUUCUUCUUAUGGUGAUAUUUGGUCAGGUUUUGAGGGUGGUAUAAUAAAGGUGUGGCCAUGGGAAGCUAUUGAAAAAUCUCUAUCUCUAUCACCAGAGGAAAGACACAUGGCUUCUUUACUAGUGGAGAGGUCAUUCGUUGACCUUAGGAGCCAAGUUACCAUUAAUGGUGCUUGUAACAUUUCAUCUUCGGAUGUUAAGAGCUUGUUAUCUGACAAUGUCAGAGCCAAAGUGUGGGCAGUUGGGUCGUCAUCAUUCUCAUUAUGGGAUGCUCGCACAAGAGAACUUCUAAAAGUAUUUAACAUAGACGGUCAAAUUGAAAAUCGAGUCGAUAUGCCAUCAGUGCAAGACCAAGCAGCUGAAGAUGAGAAUCUUAAGCUCGUCUCCAAGUCAAAAAAGGAGAAAUCCCAAGGCUUUUUGCAGCGGUCACGUAAUGCUAUAAUGGGAGCUGCAGAUGCUGUGCGCCGAGCUGCAACAAAGGGAUCAGCUUAUAAUGAAGAUACUAAAAAAACAGAAGCCCUUGUUCUAGCAUCAGAUGGAAUGAUAUGGACUGGCUGUUCCAAUGGCUUAUUAGUGCAAUGGGAUGGAAAUGGCAACCGUUUGCAAGAUUUCAAUCAUCAUCCUUGUGCUGUUCUAUGCUUUUGCACUUAUGGGUCAAGAAUAUGGGUUGGUUAUAUAAGUGGGAUGGUCCAACUGCUGGACCUCGAAGGAAACUUAAUUGCUGGUUGGGUUGCUCACAAUGGUCCUGUUAUAAAAUUAGUGAUUGGAAAUGGUUACGUUUUUAGUUUGGCAACUCAUGGCGGUAUACGGGGAUGGAGCAUUGCCUCUCCAGGACCUGUGGAUAACAUUUUAAGGCUAGAAUUAGCUGACAGAGAAAACAUGUAUACAAGACUAGAUAAUGUUAGAAUAUUAGUUGGCACAUGGAAUGUAGGCCAAGGAAGAGCAUCUCAGGAUGCUCUUAUCUCAUGGCUAAGCUCUGCAGUAUCGGAUGUCGAUAUUGUAGUUGUUGGGUUACAAGAAGUGGAAAUGGGUGCAGGUUUUCUUGCAAUGUCUGCAGCAAAAGAAACUGUAGGACUUGAAGGAAGUUCUAUUGGGCAAUGGUGGCAGGAAAAUAUUGGCAAGGCUUUGGAUGAAGAAUUCACUUUCGAACGCGUAGGGUCCAGGCAGCUGGCUGGUUUGCUCAUAGCUAUCUGGGUGAGAAAGACAGUUAGAACACACGUUGGGGACCUGGAUGUUGCUGCAGUUGCGUGUGGUUUAGGUCGUGCAAUUGGGAAUAAGGGAGGUGUAGGCUUGAGGUUGAGAGUAUUCGAUAGGAUAAUGUGUUUUACAAAUUGUCAUUUUGCUGCACAUUUGGAAGCAGUUAACCGCCGCAAUGCUGAUUUUGAUCAUAUAUUUCGAACCAUGACUUUCACCCGCUCAUCUAACCUUCUUAACAAUGCUGCUGCUGGUGUCUCAUCUUCUACUCAGACGCUUCGUGCUGCAAGUGUUGCUGCAUCCAAUCCUAACGAGGGGAAGCCUGAUCUUGCUGAAGCUGAUAUGGUCGUCUUUUGUGGUGAUUUUAAUUAUCGUCUUUUUGGCAUAUCUUAUGACGAAGCAAGGGAUCUUGUUUCCCAAAGAAGUUUUGACUGGCUUCGAGAAAAAGAUCAGCUUAGGGCUGAAAUGAAAGCUGGUAGAGUUUUCCAAGGAAUGCGCGAGGCACUCAUCAAAUUUCCACCAACUUACAAGUUCGAAAGGGGAAAACCUGGUUUGGGAGGUUACGAUUCGGGGGAGAAAAAACGAAUACCGGCUUGGUGUGAUAGAAUCCUAUAUAGAGAUAGCAGGGCUGCUCCAACAGAUGAAUGCAGUUUAGAAUGCCCUGUGGUUGCUUCCAUAAUACAAUAUCAAGCUCGUAUGGAUGUUACCGAGAGUGAUCAUAAACCUGUACGGAGCAAGUUUGAUGUGGACAUUGCCCGUGUUGACAGAUCAGUGAGAAGACAAGAGUUCGGAAAAAUUAUGAUGUCCAAGGAUACAAUCAGGUCUUCCCUUGACGAACUACACUUUGUUCCAGAAACCGUAGUCAGCACAGAAAAAGUAGUGCUGAAAAAUCAAGAAACUUUCAGUUUGAGAAUCACCAACAAAAGUGGUACAGAAUUUGCAUUUUUCCAAAUCAUCUGCCAAGGUCAAUCCGCAGUCAAAGAGGACAAAGUAGCAUCCGACUAUCGGCCCAGAGGAUCUCUUGGUUUCCCUCGUUGGCUUGAGGUGACACCUGCAGCUGGCCUAAUCAAAGCUGAUCAAGUUGUAGAAAUAUCCAUACAUCACGAAGAAUUCCAUACGUUGGAAGAAUUUGUAGAUGGUUCGCCACAGAGCUGGUGGUCUGAAGACAGCCGGGACAAGGAAGUCAUUUUGCUGGUGAACGUAAAAGGCAGUCACUCCACUGUAACAAAAUCUCAUCGAGUACACGUCCGCCAUUGCUCCUCGGGAAGUUCGGUUCACCUUGAUCAGAAAUGUAACACUUCCAAGAAACACCAAGGUAGUUUCCACAACAGAUCUUCACUUCGGAAUACAGGCAGUGCCUCCGAAUUGGCUGAUGACCACCGGAGCUUAAGGGAUCCUUGAGGCUACAUGCAUAUUACCACCAGAGAGAUUGUCUAGCUUACUGCGGUACACGUCAUUUUCAUGUACAUACUCAAGGAUUUUAUUAGUUUCUUAAAGCUUGAUCUUUACUACAAAAUUUGAGUAUGCAUGGAUCCUGCAUGUUUUUCGUGCGUACCCUAAAAAAAAAGGAUCAUUUUCUCUAAUCGUCUUACCGCUCUAGUUAAGGAUGUUGUAUAAAAAGCAUCUAUAUAAGCGCGAUCUAAUCAUCAAUUGUAAUGUUUAGAUCAGAUGAUAUUCCAAUUUUAAUCGAAGGACAAGUGAUGAUGAUUAUCAGUAAAUAA